AUGUUCCGCACAACUUUCCACAAUACCGUCACGGAUCCUAUACCCGUCAACGUGGACAGCAAAGGGGUUGUUGACCUUCUCCACGACCAUUCGUUCCUCAUUACUAUGUCUCCAAUCGUCACCCGUCACAGCGAAGUCAGCCGCGAUCCCGUCACGCAGAAGGUGACAUACGAUGUUUGGGAGAAUCUGGAUCUGCUACCCUUCGGACUGUGGAAGUACGAGCUGCGCUUUACUGCUGCCUUCGAGAACAAGGCAGAUGGAGUGAUCACUCACAUAGAAGCGCCGAUGGGCUUCCAGUCAAAGGCUGAUUAUACGGUCCGUGGCAAGCAAGGCUUUGAAGAAAGUGGCGCAAUGGAGUUGAACGAGGCAAUUGAGAGCAGUUGCUCCCAUAUCUUCAGGCCGUUCGUUGAAUGGACCAUGGUGCCCGUGAGGCGGAAGAUGCAUGCGCAAAUCAUCGCACGGGCCCACGAGAUGCAGCAUGGCAUACAAAGCUGA